UAACUUUGUCUUCACUGGACUGUCGUCAGCUAACUAGCUUAAAACUGACAGUUUGAAAUCAUAUCAUCUUGUAAAAUAUGUGAUUCUAAUGUCAAUAAACCAACGUUUUCACAAAGAAAAAUACACUAAUACGUUAAAAUCAUGUAGCAAAUGUUCGGCAAUAAACUGUGGAAAACCAAUGAACAAUGUGUCAAAAAACGUACUCUUAGCCUCCUAUUCCCUUAAUUGAAUCAAUAAAAUACCUUUAGGUCCUUAUGUCUUUUCUCAGAACUCAUUCUUUACUGUCUUCAUAACCGAUAAUCUUCCACUAUGAAAACGUAAGCUGUCUUCAUUUUGAUUAUUAACUGCUACUGGAUACGUCCGCGUGGUUUAAAAUUGAUCAAUAAGGACAAUGUUUGGAGAUGACUUGUUUUCAAGCUUUUUACCGGGAAACUUCUUUUCGAAUUCGAUUAUGAGUGAUAAUCACUUCAGUCGGGCACUCAUGGCACAUGAAAGAGCGAUCAGGCAUGUACAUCAAGAAUUCCAAAGAGUCGCACAAGAAAUAUUUGAUUCUUCAGCGCUACCUAGACAGUUUUUCAACUCGCAAUUCAGAGAUAUUUCUAUAAUUCCAUCUGAUCGAGGUACUCAAAGAGAUCUUGUCCGAGUAACGCUAAGCGAUUCAAAUGAUGUAGUUGGUAAUUCACGCGUAAACAGGCAUAGAAAUAAUGAUCCUGUGACAUUUGAAAGAACCAGACUACAGUGGUAUGACUCGAAUACUCGUAGAUCAUUCUUGCCUGAGCCAACUGCACGUCCUAAAGUAUUAGGAUUUAUGAAUGCUGAUGAACUGAAAAAACUUCCUACAAGCAUUUAUAGAAUUAAAAAGACCUCAUCAACAAGCGACGACACAUUUACAUCACCUGAUUCGACUACAAAGACAUUAAAUACUCCUAAUAUUGUACCUGUUCUUAAUGAGAACCAGAAUAAUAUGACACCAUCUGCUGGUACACAUUAUCUUGAACCAGAAUCAAAAACAACUACUCUUGUCCAAAUUCAACCAAUACAAUCAUCUCCAGCACGUGGUCAUCCUGAAUGUGAAAUAUGUUUAUUUGAAUAUCAGGAUAAAGAUCGCCUCCGCCACCUACCUUGUGGACAUGCAUUCCACAUGAAAUGUAUUGAUUCCUGGCUAAAACAGUCAACAACCUGUCCAAAAUGUCGUGCUGGUGUUCGUGCUGGACUGGCUCGGUUAGAACGCAAUCGUCAGCGACAGAGAGCUCAAUCAAAUAGUGGGACGACUUCAAAACCGACGCCUAUACGAGCUGUUCGUCCACGUCCAGGUGCAUCAACUUCAAAUGUUCAAGAACAGCAUCGUCCAUCGAAUUCCAGACAAGGUUCACAAACAACCAGUAGAAAUCAGAUAACAACUCAGAGUUCUGUUGUUGGGACUGCUUCAGAUACACAGAAUAAUCGUACUACUCGCAAUCGACCUAAACCUUCAGCUGCUGCAACUUAUGCUACGUCUACUACUUCUACUAAUCGCACUACGAAUGCUCCAGUUAAUCAGAGAAAUCAAUGUUCCAUUUUGCAGUGUAGUUCCAAUCAGCAAGGUCGUUCAUCAGAACAUAAUAAUGAAAACCACGAUGAAGAUGAUCUUAAGCAUCUAACCAUUAGUAAACCCAGUACUCGUGAAAAUAAUGUGUCUCGAAACAAAGUAAACGAGUCAGUUAUCGCUCGACGGAAAGCUGUUGAAGCAGCUUUGCAAAGAGCGGCAUUAUCUGACACUAUACAACAACAGAUUGAAGGGAAUCCACUUCCAAACUAAACAUAAGACAUAUAAUUACCAGUUUAUUAUAUACGCUUAAUAUAAUUUCUUUGUUCACUUACUCAUCUAUUCAUUAAACAAUCGCCUUCGAACUCAAUCAAAAUAUCAUUAUUACAGAUUAUAUUUUACUAUCAUUUCCAUUAUUAUUGUCAUUGUUAUCAUUAAUAUUAUUGUUCUAGGAAACUUAUUUCCUUCUUUUGUUUGUGUAGUUUACUCUUUUUUUUUACUCAUUAUGUCAUGUAUGUUAUUAGUUACAGAGGAGUAUGGAAGUAUUUAGAUAAUGUGGUCAGUUUAUUUGUUUAAACUAUUUUGAAAGUUAGCGAUAUUUUUUUCAAAACAUAACACAUAAAAGACAAAAAAGGACCGAACCCUAUCUUGGUCAUAUAUUCAAUUUUGUUGGCGUAGAUAUUUGCGCAUUUCAAAAAUGCUUAUGGUAAUAAUAUUGCAGUUUUCUUUCUUCAAAAACGAUUUAGUCUUCUGGCUUAUGGAUAUGCAUUAAAAAAAAACAACGUAGUAUCAUUCAUUUUACUCGGCUUUCAGUAUUUGUGUAAUUCUAUGAGUUACUUAUUUCUGACUUCUUUUAAUGUACGAGAUACAGUGAAUUGUCAUGAGAAGAUUUUUGGGAAUCCUUCAUUUGUAAUUAGAUUAGAGAUGGAUUCUUGAAGUUGUAGUGAAAACCUGUGAUCAGAAGUUUAGCCAAAUCGGUAGGCGAGAUAGCUAUCUUCGAUGACACCAGAUCGUCAUGCAAUGUAGCGCAUUGGUAGAACUUGGACUGACUCUCUGAGUUAUAGUUAUCAUGACUUGAAGAUUCUCAACCAACCAUGUAUGAUGUUUACAGUGUGCACUGUUCAGGAUUCCGGAACUACGAGAUCAGUUAUUUGCACCCCUUGGUUUUUAAUGGUUAUCUAACCAUCAAUUUGUAGUGAAAAUCCGUCCCAUGUUGAAGUUUGUAAUAGUAAUACUCUUGAAAGUUGUAGUUUUUUCAAUCGAUGAAAUUGAAAUAUCUUCGUAUUUCGAUUUUGUAAUUAUUAUAUGUCGUUAUUCAUUAUGAAAGGAAAUCUCC